GGUACGAAAGACGCUCCUGUCGACGGUCUGGAUGGAAAACCGCAUGCAGGACCAUUUGUCGACAUCACCCCCGAGGACAAGAAGAAGCCCGCCGCCGUCGCAGAGGAUCUGGUGAAGCCUCUCCCUACAUCUCUCUCAAAGUUGAAGGGAAGCGAUGCAACAGACUUUGGUGCUAUUCCAGAGAAGAAUGACGGAGUUAUGGAUGAUGUGAACCGUCUGGCGCCGAAGGAGGGUACCACUGGCACUGAAGGAGGCGUCACCGAAAGGAACAAGAAAGACAAGGCAGUACAAGGUCAAACUGGCGAGAAGGCUGAGAAGAAGCCAGAGACACCAAAGGAAGCACCUCCGCUUCCUCAUAGCGAGGAGGAGCGCAUGGGCAAGGAUUCGCCAGAAAAGGCCAAAGAUGCGACCACUCAACAGAAACCGGCCGACCUCCCCGAUGCGCCUCACGAGAACUCACCCACUACGCCCAAGAAAGUCACAGAAUUGGAAUCUGAAAAGAAGGACACAUUUGCACAUGUAGCGCCUGUGGACACCGGAUCUUCCGGGACAUUGAGCCAUACCGUGGGCUCUACUCUGAAAGACACACUCCCCUACACCGAAGGGAAACAACCCGCAGCAAUCCCUGGGGACGGAACAGAAGGCAUCAUUCAGCCUUUCCAUUCCUUCGUUCUCGCAUUCACCAUGAUCAUCUUCUCCGAAAUUGGCGACAAGACUUUCCUGGUCGCCGCACUCAUGGCCAUGCGUCACCCUCAGCUCGUCGUUUUCUCUGGCGCCUUCUCCGCUUUGAUUACUAUGACUAUUCUCUCCGCCGUUCUUGGCCACGCGGUACCGACUCUUCUCCCUAAGCAUCUCACUGCAUGGCUCGCAGCUGGCCUCUUCCUCAUCUUCGGUGGUAAGCUGCUGCGCGAGGGUCUCGAGAUGGACAAGGAUGCUGGUGUUGGAGAAGAGAUGCAAGAGGUUGAAGCUGAAUUGGAAGAGAAGGAACAUCUCGCACGCAAGGAAGGCCGCAGACGAUCAUCAGUUUCGCCAUACGUUCUCGAGGCUGGACGUGGCAGAAGAUCUGGCUCGCGUCACAAGUUCCCUGCACGCGCACAAUCUCCUUCAUCGGAUGACUCGAGAUCCCCCUCUCCAUCUGGUCGUGGAGCAAAGGCUUCUGUCAGCAACGCACUUGGUGGACUCAACAACCUUCUGGGUCUUCUUCUUUCGCCUGCAUGGGUGCAGACUUUUGUCAUGACGUUCCUCGGUGAAUGGGGUGACCGAUCUCAGAUUGCUACCAUUGCUAUGGCUGCUGGACAAGACUACUGGUGGGUGACAGGUGGUGCCAUUGCAGGACACAUGAUCUGCACUGGUAUCGCUGUCAUCGGAGGACGCGCUCUUGCUGGUAAAGUGAGCUUGAGGGUUGUCACCCUUGGUGGAGCAAUUGCCUUCCUGGUCUUUGGAGUCAUCUACUUUUUCGAGGCUUUGUAC